ACUGCACCGUCCAAACUCUCCAAUGCACGCUGCUUCUUUUAACACAACAUAUUUAGUACGUGAUGAGGUUUGAAGCUUCGUACACCGCAACCGCAGGCAAAUGGCUGGCCUUUGUGACCGCCGUUUGGGUCCAAGCGAUCUCCGGCAACAACUACACUUUCUCAAACUACUCAGACGCUCUCAAAACCCUAAUGAACCUCACGCAACUCCAACUCAACAACUUGUCUGUCGCUAAAGACGCUGGAAAAGCCUUUGGUAUCCUCGCCGGCCUAGCUUCCGACCGAAUCCCGACUCCUGUUAUUCUUCUCAUCGGUUCCAUCGAAGGCCUGGUUGGUUACGGUGCCCAAUGGCUUGUCGUCAGUGAAAAAAUCAAACCUCUGUCUUACUGGCAGAUGUGUAUUUUCCUCUGCAUGGGAGGCAACAGUACCACGUGGAUGAACACAGCCGUUCUCGUCACUUGUAUAAGGAAUUUCAGGCGGAACCGCGGACCCGUUUCUGGUAUUUUAAAAGGUUAUGUGGGCCUUAGUACGGCGAUUUUUACCGACCUUUGUACUGCACUUUUUAACAAUAAUUCCUCCUCGUUUCUCAUCAUGCUCGCGACUGUCCCGUUCGCCGUUUGUCUCAUUGCAGUUCUUUUCCUCCGCGAGACUCCCCCGGCUACUACCGCGGCGGAGGAGGAGGAAGAAACCAAGUACUUCAACAUUUUCAACAUUUUAGCCGUUGUUGUUGCGCUUUAUUUACUCGGUUACGAUUUUUUCCCGAUUAAGAAUAAAGCUUUUUCGUUGACUUUCUCAACUGUUUUAAUAGUUCUGCUAGCAUCUCCGUUAGCUAUCCCGGUUUACUCUUUCGUAAAGAGCUGGAAUUCGAACCGGUUGAAAGCCGAACCGGACGUGGAAGAACAGAUCGUCGAGCCGUUAUUAGUGAGGCAGGAUUUCCCUGCGGAGGAUAAGGAGGAGGAAGCGGCGGUGGAGUGGGCGGUCGUCGAGGCGCAGGUUAAGCAAAAGCCGGUUUUAGGGGAGGAGCACACUGUAUUUGAGGCGGUGAAAACAUUCGAUUUUUGGAUCCUCUUCGUGUCGUUUUUGUGUGGAGUAGGGACAGGCUUGGCGGUGAUGAACAACAUGGGGCAGAUUGGUUUGGCUCUUGGAUACACCGACGUUUCGAUCUUUGUUUCCUUGACCAGUAUUUGGGGAUUUUUUGGGCGGAUUAUUUCAGGCACCGUUUCAGAGUACCUUAUUAGGAAAGCUGGAAUUCAGAGACCUCUUUGGAAUGCAGCUUCUCAGAUUGUAAUGGCAGUUGGUUACAUUCUGAUGGCAUUAGCAGUGCCUGGUUGUCUGUACAUUGGAUCCAUUGUGGUUGGGGUAUGCUAUGGUGUCCGACUAGCUAUCUCAGUCCCCAUUGCCUCUGAACUAUUUGGUCUCAAAUAUUAUGGUCUAAUGUACAACAUUUUAGUACUCAACCUCCCCCUCGGUUCCUUCCUCUUCUCUGGCCUGCUUGCCGGAUAUCUAUACGACGCACAAGCUACACCAACACCAGGAGGUGGUAACACUUGUGUCGGAGCCCAUUGUUACAGGCUUGUGUUCAUCAUCAUGUCAAUAGCAUGCCUUCUUGGAUUUGGUUUGGACAUAAUACUUUCAGUAAGAACCCGGAACAUCUAUACCAAGAUUUACCGGAGCAGGAAGUCAAAGAAACUGAUGUCAGAAUCUGGUAAUCAAUGACAUCAAUGAAUUGCAAUGGCAACUAGGAUUGAUGGGCGGUUGCUCCCUGUAAUAUUUUUUUAUUAGAUGUUGUUCAUUUAUUUUAAGGACGCCUUAGUUUUGAUGACCCUCUCCAACGUAGGAUUGGUGUUUAUGCUCAUAGUUGUUCACGAAUUUACUAUUAUUUGAUUUGAUGACAUGGGUUACUAGAGCUGGUGUUAUUUUUUAUCCUCUAAUUUGAAAUAAAAGAACUACUGCUCUUUCGGCU